UUCUGAAGUUACUUCUCCACGAGCCACAGGGCCAAAACUAAUAAAGCCUAAUCCCUCCGCUCCGCUCUAUGCCGGGAGGGAGAGAGAGAGACAGAGAGGGGAAAAGAAAUGGCACUGGUCUGGAGGGUUUUAGCAGCCGCUAGAAGGGGCUUAAGGCCCCAGUUUCUGCUAAUUUCCUGUAGACAUAAACUUCUAGUCUGCCACAGCUCGGCAGUUCCUAGUUCUCUGCUUACCAGAUUGCUCCAAGAACCAAAUUCACGCAUCAGGACAGUAUUAGAUGCAGAGGAGAAUCUGACCCUGAAAAGCUCCGAAUUAUCGUGGGAUUCCCUUGUCACUGCCCUCGGAUCUUCCUCUCCUGAAAAAGCUCGGCUGGCCUUGGAAUGGAGAUUAGAGAAAAUGCUUAAAGACAAUGAGAGAGAUCACAAUCAUUUCACUGAAUUGAUAUCUCUUUGUGGGAAAAUCCAAAAUGUCCCACUUGCAAUGCAUGCCUUUGUGUCAAUGGAAGCUUAUGGAAUCGCACCAACUUCUGCUGUUUUCAAUGCCUUGAUCUUCGCUUGUUUGUCAUCACAUAAUUUAGUAACAGCCCUUAGCUUAUUUGAGAUCAUGGAAAACUCAGAGUGCUAUAAACCAAGUUCUGAUACUUACAAUACUUUCAUUUCGGCAUAUGCAAGCUGGGGAAAUGAUAAGGCCAUGCAAGCUUCAUACUUAGCCAAAAAGGCUGCUGGGUUCUCUGCUGACCUUGACACAUAUGAAUCUCUCAUUUCAGGUUGCUUUAAAUCAAAAAAUUUUGAUGGUGCUGAUAAAUAUUAUGAAGAAAUGAUGUUAUUUGGAAUAUCCCCUAACAUGCGUAUAUUGGAGAUUAUGAUCAAGGUGUUUUGUGAAAGGAAAAAUUAUGACAAAGUCAAAGAGUUCUUGAAGCUCAUGCUGCAUGGCGGUUGGGAGAUUAAUGGGCAUAUGGCUGAGAAGCUUAUAGGAUUGUACUCUAAACUUGGGAGAGUGGAAGAAAUGGAGCAGCUACUUCAAGAUUUAAUGAAGUCCAAUCCAAACAUGGGUGUCUUGUCGCAGGUGCACUAUGGAAUUAUAAGGAUGUAUGCGCUGUCAGAUAGGUUGGAUGAUUUAGAAUAUUCUGUUGGGAGGAUGUUGAAGCACGGAAUAUCAUUCAAAUCUGCAGAUGAUGUUGAGAAGAUAAUCUGUUCAUAUUUCAGGCAAGCAGCUUAUGAUAGGUUAGAAUUGUUUUUGGAGUGUGUAAAGGAUUCUUACAAGCUUAUGAGAUCAACUUAUGAUUUAUUGAUUGCCGGCUAUAGAAGAGCUGGGUUAUCUGAGAAGUUGGAUAAGGUGAUAAAGGACGUACAGUUAGAUGGAGUUUUAUAAUUUACAUAACAGGUUGCUGGCAAAUUUCUGAGUUCUUUAAUGAGCUUUCUUGUUUGUCCCGUUGAAGCAUCAUUGGCUGAAAUGGAAGCAGAAGCUUUUUCUCGGCCAUAUGAAUGGUCAUUAUUAGAAACUGGGGCAAAAUAAAAGCAAGCAACAGACAAUUAUAUUUUGCUGCUGUGCAUGUUAUAUUUAUGGUAAUUUUCUCAAGAAGAUUUCAGCUAGCCCAUCUCAUCAUUGAAAAGGUACUUAGUGGAAUCCAGGAGAUAUUAGCCUUCUUAACUUGGCUUCUUUGCACAAACUCAGAAUUAGUGAAAAACAUUUGCUAUAGAGCCCUGAUUUUUCAACAAGGAGAUGUGGAACAGGGACAUGGGUUGAAAAUUUCUUUGGUUCUCUUCAACAGGUAAGCAGUAGUAGCAAUAAAUUAGUCCACCUUUCAAGCCAGUGCCAAUGUCUUUCUGUUAGUCUGAGCAGUUUCAUAUAAAGAAGAAAUACAGGCUGCACUAAUAGCAGAAGGGAUUUGGAAGGCAAUUAUGAUUGUGAUUUGUGAUUAUGAGUUUUAUGCCUCCACUCAGCAGGAAGGAUGCCGCCAGAGUAUGCAGAGCAAGCAAUGUUCGAAAUAUUCAUUUAAAUGAUAUGGGAUGGAAAAGACGGUUCUUGGGAGCUGCCAAAGUUAUUUGUCACUUUUUUGGCUGCUUUUUACCAGCAUUUUAUUCAGGAAGAUUUUUUUGAUGCACUACACUUAUUGAAUUGAGGCAAGUUGAGGCAAGCCUUGACCCAACAAUAGGGUGGCACGUGCAAACUUAGAGGUUACAUGUUCAAGUCUCAAGGACGUCAAAUGUGAAGGUAAGGUUAGGUGCAUCAUACCUUCCUGAGAUCCAUGAUUUGGGGCAGGUGCCUUCUGCACUGGUUGUCAUUAUACUUUCUGAAUUUCACCCUUCAAUGUUUUGCUCUUGAUAUUCAGUUCACUUUUCAUGUUAAUCAAAUGGAAGUAUUUUAUUAAUAUACAUACAUUUAAGGAUUGAGUUAA